AUGAGAUACUUUAUUUAUGCAUGCAGUGUGAACGCUCUUGACUAUCUCUGGCAAGCACAACCACCCAUUCCAUUCGGCGGGCCGACGGGGAACCCUAGCUCUCCUGGCGGCGGUGGCCUAGACCGGGACGCCUCGUCCAUCCUCCACCUCGCGCACACGCACCAACCUAGCACGAUACGGGCGAUCUCAUCGGCGGCGGGAGGCAUGCUGCGGGCGCGUCUGCGCGCGGCGGCGCACGUCUGCGGCGGGCACGGCGACGGCGCGGGGCGGUGGACGACGCCGGGGCACGAGGUGCGGCCCAAGGGGUACCCGAUGAACCGCACGCCGCCGCCGCCGGGGGAGUCGCGCAAGUGGGAGGACUGGGAGCUGCCCUGCUACCUCACCGUCGUCAUCCUCGGCGUCGGGCUCAACGCCAAGCCCGAUCUCACCAUCGAGACCUGGGCACACCAGAGGGCGCUUGAGCGCCUCCAGCAGCAGGAGCUCGCCGUGUCCGCCGACGCCCUCGCCGAGUGA